AUGGGACCUCAGAGUUCGGAUGAACUGCUUGGCUGGGCCCAGUCAUAUGCCGGGAAGCUUGCUUCUCUGUCUUGUGGGAGCCAGCUGAAAGAGAAUCUCUGCAGAGGCUUAUUGCUGUCAACAGACUUCAGUGGUCUUGAUGCUCCCAGAGAGUGUCUGCGAUGCAUGCUGCCGGCAUUGUCUGAGGCUUUUCAGACAUCUUUUCCCGAGGUCGUGGUAGCGAGAUCUUGCGAUGUUGGCAAGCCUCAGCGAGAUUGUCUCAUGUUGCAAAGUGAGAUGUUUCAUGAUGGUGCUUCAUGUGUUUUUACAGACAUCCUGGGCCGUUUGGGAAGCUCAGAGCGUGAGUGGCUUGAGGCGGCCGGACCUCUCAAAAACAUGGAUGUGAACGAGGCUAGAGCAGCCAAUCAGAAUGUUGAGCAAUUCUUGUCCUCGAACCGGGGUCGUAUUUUCUCAGCAAGCCAGAAAAGUUAUUGCUGCCAGCACAAUCAAAACUGUCCGGUUCAUGCACUGCCUGCUCUUCGAGAGAGGCGGAGAUUGGCCAAGGAAGCAGCAGAUCCCCUCUCUGAGGCACCAGCGGUGUGUUCACCGAGCCCAGUGAAGAAGAGGCGACAGAGCACGAUCGUCACCCCUUGGUGGCAGAAGCAUGUGACUGAGGACCCUUCAGAUCCGGAGCCGAUUACCUGCAGUGUGGCAGGGUUGCUUUGCACAGAUUUUUCUCCUCUAGGAAAGAAGCGUGGCUUGAAAGGGACGGGGGUAACUGAGCCCCUCCAUGCGAUUUGGAAGAACGAGCGUCAGUGGCUCGCAGAACAAGGCCUGGAAGAUAUGUUCUUUACAGAGAAUUCUGCCCAUUAUCCGGUUCAGGACAGGCAAGUUGAUGCAAUGCAGUCGUCGCAUGAUGUGAAGUUUGUGACUGUGUCCCCGUGCGAGCUAGGCGAUGCCUAUAUCUUUGCCACAGAUGAUGAGAUUCACAACUUCGUGCAGAAUCGAGCACAGCGUCGAAACUCAGUGCUGCCGGUAGGCUUCAAGGAGAUGCCCAUGCGACAGUACUUGCACCAGCUGUUGCCUCCUGGGGCUAUGUUGCGGUUGGCAAAGUAUGACAGUGUCCGCCCUGAGAGGGCAGGUAUCACAGGCAGCUUCUUUGCACAUUUGGAUCACAAUGUCGAUUGUGGUCCGCGUUGCGGCCCGCUCAUUCCUUCACUUGACACACAUGCCAAUAUUUUUUGCUGGACACAUGAUCGGCUGCUGCUUCCUCAGGAGCUGCUGCAAGCACAGGGAAUCACCAUGUGCCCCAGUGGCACGGGAGAGUCGAGGUCCCCCCUUGCCGAGGUGCUGAUGAAGUUCAAUGAUACCGAGCUGCGUCUCUUUGCUGGGAACUCACUACAUGUCCCAACAUUUGCGGCGUGGAUGAUGUAUGCACUUGCUCAUGUGGCGCCAAUUCCUCACUUGCAGCUGACACCACAGCUGGAAGCAUUGUACGACCAGCUGGAUGCAGAAGGUGAGCAUGAUGAGACUUUGCAGCCAGUGCCUGAUCGCAUCGAUGCACCGGCUAUCCAGUCCGAUGCCCCGGCUAUCCAGUCACCUGCCUUUGCUGAGAUGCAAGAUGAGAACUCAGGUAACUCAGCCAUUCGUCGGCGACCGAGGUUGCUGUUGUAA